UGUGUUCACUGUUUGUUUCCAAAAAAAAAUCAGUUAUUGCAGGUUUAAAGAUGCAUAAGAUGAAUGUUUUCAGGAUCAAACAGGUAGCUUUUUGCAUGUGUUGGUCAUCAUGUGUCCUUCUAACCUCGUUCUGGAAAUGUUGUUGUUGAGAUUUAAUCUCUGCACACACAUCAUGAGAUAUCUUUACAUUUGUUUACUAUUCAAAAAAUGACUCCUUCCUUUUGAAAUCUGGUUCAUACCAGACAAAACAGCUGGAAUACACAAGGAAAAACAUACAUUUAGUCUAUCUGGUAUCAUGAAUCUACUGGUUUAUGCAGAUUGCAGGUUACAUAUAAAGCAUUUGGGGGUUUUUGGUUUCUUUUUUUUUUUGCUAUAAAACACCACUGUCACUUAAACCAAACACAAUGAAAGUAUAAAGAGUGUAUAAAGAAGUCGUGAGUGGUGACAGAAUCUCAGCAAAGAUGUGAUUUGAGUUUUCUACAACAUAUUAUUGACAGUUAACUUACAGUGAAUAAUCCACAUUCGCUCCCUGAUAUUUCACUUCAAAUUGCCUCGUGUUUAAGAAUGUUACAUCAUACAAAAGGCUAAAUCAUCACACAGAUGUGAUAAUUAUGCUACACUUAGCAGCACUGCUGUAAAUUCAUUUCCUGAACAUGUGAUAUGAUCUUUGUGUGCUUAUUAACUUAUAACAACCCCAGAGAUGUGCAGCAGUUUCCUGUCGGUCGAAACGCAAGACGUCGUCAGUGUGUCUGGGUUGGCAUGUGGUUUGCAGAUGAAAACAUCAAGAUGAGAAACAAUACAUUCAGAUGAUGUAAAAUGAGAUGAGAUGGCAUGAAAUCAGCGAUAAGUUGAUGUGAGGAGAGAUCUGAAGGUCUGUAGUCUUCAGAUGAAGUGAUGAAAGUUGUUUGAUCUUUUGUGGUUUUGAGCAGCAGAAUCCGAGUGAAAAACCAGCUCAGUCACUUUGAGAACAGAGCGCAAAGUAAUGAAAGUCAAAAGUGACUUCUUUAAAGUUAUUUUUACAGUUUGUCUCGAAUCAUUUAAAAUGCGUCACCUGCUUCACAUCAAACUGAAACACAUUUCUAAUUAAACCAUCUCUCGCCGUAUGUUAAAUUUAACUCGAAGUGUCGUUAUGAACCUCAAAACUAAUCCUUUCUCUCUCUGUAUCUACCGAUCACAGCUCCCCCACCGCCGAGUGACCUUCUCCACAGCCAAUCAGGCUCAGGACCUGCAGGACGCGUCCCAGCACAGCUACUACGACAGCGGCCUGGAGGAGUCAGAGACGCCCAGCUCCAAGUCGUCGUCGGGGCCCCGGAACGGGCCGCUGGCGCUGCCGGAGGACCACUACGAGCGGACCACGCCCGACGGCAGCAUCGGCGAGAUGGAGCACCCGGAGAACGACCUCAGACCUCUUCCCGAUGUGGCGAUGACCGGUAACUGCACCCACGAGUGCACCGAGUUCGGCCACUCCGACUCCUGCUGGAUGCCCGGCCAGCCUUCCCCCAACCGCAAGGUGUCCAAGAACGCCCCCAAGCUCUCCACCUUCGUGCCUUACCAGGAGAUGGACGGGCAGGAGCACCUGAUGGCCAACGGCAGCCCCAAGCCCCUUACGACGGAGGAGCGUGGGACUUGCGGUGGCGGCGGCGGCGGCAGCGGCAGCUCGAAAGUGGCCAACAUGCGGUUCAUGACGCCCUACAGCAGUGCCUACCCCGCGGGCGGAGACUCGUCCAGUAAAGACUGUGGGUUGGAGGAAAUCCCUCUGAGCCAGGCGGUGGAGUACCACUCAGCCACCACCCCGACCGGCCAGACCUCCAAGAGGGAGAUCUACCUGUGAGGGGGCGCAGCUCUCCACCUUAAAACCCCACAACCCACCUCCGAUCGC